UGUAUUUACUGAUUGAGGUCGGUAAUUGAUACGAGAGACUUGGCCUGUGUGCAGGUCCUCGGCCUAAUUGGGAUGACGAUAAUGAAUACAAUUACAAUGCUUUAAUAAUGUUAAUUUAACUAUUUGCAACUAUAUAUAUAUUGUCUGUAGCAAUAACAAUAUUAUCUUUCUUGCUCAAUAUUGUUGUAUAGGUGAUAUCAUAUAUAUUUUAUUUACUUAUUGUGGUAGUAAUGUUAUACCUGAGCAAUUAUAAUAUAUUCCUUUAGAGUCUUGUGCCGAUAGUAGCCUCCCUACCGCAAUAUUCAAUACAAUGUAGCCGAGGUUGAAAAAAAAAUAGGGUCCAUCGAUAUUAAAUCUUUACUUAACAAAAUAUCAAUUAUACCAAAUAAAAAUAUCAUUAAAUAAUGGUAGGAAUAAACUGGAUAAGGUCCAAAGUGGAUAAUUAUUUCCCAAAGAACCCUGUGGAAUUUUCAGCAAAAGAUGAGAUUGAAUCUUCAUCGACAUUACCACAAAUCAUUCAAAAGGCAGUACCUGAAUUCUAUCAAGAUAGUUACUUUUAUAUAAAUCCUUUAAUGUCUUCUGGUCAUUUCCAAACUGCAUAUACAGCCAUUAAUUCAUUUGAACAUAUCGAUCAAGUUCAUUAUAAACGUCGUAUAUUAACUGUUGAAAAUAAAACUUAUGAAGUGAAUGGUGACAAACUCAAAUAUGAUCGUUGGGAAGGUACUUCAACGAUUGCUCUUGAUUAUGUAGUACCUGCAAACUCAGAAUCUGAUCCAGAUCAUGAAAAGUAUAAACCACAAUCUCAAAUUAAAGAUCUUCCUCCUCGAACUGAGUAUCUUAAUCCUGAAAAGGAGCUUGAUUUAAUUAAAGAUGACAAGAAACCAUUAUUAAUUGCCCUUCAUGGAUUAUCAGGUGGUUCAUAUGAAGCAUACCUUAGAGCUGUAUUAUUUAAGAUUACUUCCCAACCAUAUGAUUUUGAUGCUGUUGUAUUAAAUUCUCGUGGUUGUGCUCACCAUACUAUUACUUCACCACAAUUAUAUAAUGGUUUAUGGACUAACGAUUUAAGAUACCUUAUUAAUGAACAUAUCAAACCCAGAUGGCCAAAUAAGAGAAUUUAUCUUAUUGGAUUUUCCUUAGGUGGAGCAAUUCUUGCUAAUUAUUUAGGUCAAGAAAGUGAUAAUGUUUAUCCUAUGAUAAAGGGGGCAGCAUGUCUUGGUACACCUUGGGAUUUCCCUGAUAGUGCUAUACAUUUACGAGAAAGUUUAAUAGGACAUAAUGUAUAUUCUCCAAGUAUGUGUCAAAAUUUACUUAAUCUUUUAGAUCAACAUUAUCAAAACAAUGGAUUCUUAAAACAUGAUUCCUUCGUCCAUGAUUUCAAGAUGAAUCCAGCAAAUUAUCAACAGGUAAAAUAUCUUCGUGAUUUUGAUGAUUUAUUCACAUCUAAAUUAUUUGGAUUUAAUAGUGCUGAUGAAUAUUAUAGACAUGCAUCACCCAUUCAACGAUUAUUAAAGGUAAGAGUUCCACUUGUAAUUUUGAGCUCAAAGGAUGAUCCAAUUACGGGGUUCAGAACAUUACCCAUUAAUGAAGUCAAAUUGAACCCUUAUACAGCAUUAAUUACCACCACUACUGGUGGUCAUCUCGGAUGGUUCUCCUUCUCGGGACAAAGAUGGUAUCCUGAGCCAAUUGCCAAAUUGUUUACUGAAUUAGAUAAAAAUUGGCAAGUAGUUAAAGUGGAAGAUGAACGUGACUUACCAGUAGAUAUCAAUAAGGCCUGGAAACACGAUCGUUUAGUUUAUGGUAUGACAUAGAUAUAAAAGUAUAUAAAAGUAUAUAAAAACUUAAAUAGUAAGUAGUAGUAAUACAAUUUAAUUUUGCACCCACGCACGAAAAAGCGA